AGAGACUAGCGAGCACUUGCGUAUCAAAUUGAAAUCGACGAAGACGAAGCGUAUCAAACUGAAAGAAGAUGAAGCUCGAGCAAUUGGCUGGCGAUGGAUUCGACACCAAAGCGACGCAAGGAGGAUCCACCACCAGGACUGUUUACUCUUCAUUUAAGACAUGGAGGAAGAAUAAUUAAAACUUUACCUGCUCAAUAUAUUGGUGGGGAGGUUAGUACAUUUAAUAAUAUGGAAGAAGAUGAAUGGGGUUUGGUUUGUUUAAAAGAGAAGGUUAGUGAAAUUGGUUUAGGCAUGGAUGAAGGUUUUAGGUACUUCACACUCACUGCCAAGGGGUUGCAAGAAUUGUUGCAAGAUUGUGAAGUGUGGGAUUUAGUUAACCAAUGUAAUAGUCCCAAGGUCAUAGAAAUUUGGAUUGUAAAGGGAAUUGUUGGUGCUGAUUGCAGUAAUGAUGGUAGUGGGGAAGAAGUUGAUGGUACUGAGGAGGAAUAUGAUGGUAGUGGGGAAGAACUAGAUGGCAGUGGGCAAGAACUAGAUGGCAGUGGGGAAGAUGAUGCAGAUUUUGUUAAUAAUACUGAUAUGAAUGCAGAGUAUGGAGGUUUAGGUGAUUUAGAGGUCCAAAACCAAGAUAAUGAUUACAAUAGGGCAACUGUAUGUGAGGAAGUUAACUACUCUGAUGAAGGCAGCUUGUGUGGCAGUGAUGGUGAGACAGAAGGAAUGAAAUUGCCUAAGUUUUUGAAAGAGGUAGAAGGUAAAUGUCCUAAAUUUUCAUUAGGAUUGACAUUUAAAGAUAAGGGAGAGUUUAAGGAAGCUAUUACUAAUUAUGCAAUCAAAGAAGGGAAGGAAAUGAAGUAUGAAAAAAAUGACAAAGUUCGAUGUGUUGUGAAGUGCAAGCAUUCUAGUUGUCCUUGGCAGAUUACUCUUAGACAUGGAGGAAGAAUAAUUAAAACUUUACCUGCUCAAUAUAUUGGUGGGGAGGUUAGUACAUUUAAUAAUAUGGAAGAAGAUGAAUGGGGUUUGGUUUGUUUAAAAGAGAAGGUUAGUGAAAUUGGUUUAGGCAUGGAUGAAGGUUUUAGGUACUUCACACUCACUGCCAAGGGGUUGCAAGAAUUGUUGCAAGAUUGUGAAGUGUGGGAUUUAGUUAACCAAUGUAAUAGUCCCAAGGUCAUAGAAAUUUGGAUUGUAAAGGGAAUUGUUGGUGCUGAUUGCAGUAAUGAUGGUAGUGGGGAAGAAGUUGAUGGUACUGAGGAGGAAUAUGAUGGUAGUGGGGAAGAACUAGAUGGCAGUGGGCAAGAACUAGAUGGCAGUGGGGAAGAUGAUGCAGAUUUUGUUAAUAAUACUGAUAUGAAUGCAGAGUAUGGAGGUUUAGGUGAUUUAGAGGUCCAAAACCAAGAUAAUGAUUACAAUAGGGCAACUGUAUGUGAGGAAGUUAACUACUCUGAUGAAGGCAGCUUGUGUGGCAGUGAUGGUGAGACAGAAGGAAUGAAAUUGCCUAAGUUUUUGAAAGAGGUAGAAGGUAAAUGUCCUAAAUUUUCAUUAGGAUUGACAUUUAAAGAUAAGGGAGAGUUUAAGGAAGCUAUUACUAAUUAUGCAAUCAAAGAAGGGAAGGAAAUGAAGUAUGAAAAAAAUGACAAAGUUCGAUGUGUUGUGAAGUGCAAGCAUUCUAGUUGUCCUUGGCAGAUUACUCUUAGGUAUGUUAAAGAUGAAAAAUGUUGGAGGAUAAGUGUUCUGAAGGAUAAGCAUGAUGGGUGUGUAAGGACUAAAAAAAAUGCAAUGGUCAAUUCCACCAUAGUUGCAAAAAGAUGGAAACAAGAAAUUAAAGGGCAUUUGGAUUGGAAAACAAAUCAGUUUUUAUCAAAAGUAUGCACUGAUGACCAUUACACAAUCAGUAAGAAGCAGGCAUGGAGGGCUCUAACAAAAGCAAAAAGUGAAAUAUACUGUGAGGCUGAGGAUUAUUUCAAUAAGAUAUGGUGCUACUGCAAGGAAAUUAAAAGAACAAAUCCCAAGACCAGAUGUGAGGUUGAGUUGAGUGACUUGAAAGAGAAUGGGAAAGAGAGAUUUAAGAGGAUGUAUAUAUGCUGGGAGGCUACUCGGGAAGGCUUUAAGCAUUGUAGGAAAAUCAUUGGUCUAGAUGGAUGUCAUCUCAAGUGUAAAACAGGAGGGCAGUUGUUGACAGCAGUUGGGGUAGAUGGAAAUGAGAGUAUAUUCCCUAUUUCUUAUGCAAUUGUAGAAAAUGAGAACAAGGACUCUUGGAAAUGGUUUCUAUCUUUGCUUAAGAAGGACUUGCAGCUUGAUGCCAUUUCACAAACUGAAUUUACAAUGAUUUCAGAUAAACAAAAAAUUUCACAAACUGAAUUUACAAUGAUUUCAGAUAAACAAAAAAGUCUCAUACAAGCUUUUGAAAGUAUGAUGCCAGGGGUUAAACACAGGUUUUGUGUUAGGCAUUUGCACUGUAACAUGAGGGUGGCAGGUUUCACAGCUAGGCAUUUGCACUGUAACAUGAGGGUGGCAGGUUUCACAGCAAAUCAUUUGCACUGUAACAUGAGGGUGGCAGGUUUCACAGCAAAUACUAUCAAAGAUGCAUUGUGGAAGGAUAAGCACCCAUCUGAGUGGUCGAGAUCCCACUUCACUGGAACAGCACACUGUGACAUUCUAGUAAACAACAUCUCUGAAUCUUUCAACUCAAUGCGGCUGGCUGCUAGGGAAAACCCUGUGAUUAACUGUUUGGAGCUGAUUAGAAAAAGGAUAGCUACAAGAUUAUUUGAGUUCAACACAAAGGCUGUUGAAUGGACUGGAGUCAUUUGUCCAACUAUUGUUAAGAAGAUAGAUGAGAUUGAGAAACAAGCAGGAGGUUUGAUUGGCUACCAGUGUGGCUCCAUGGCAUUUGAAAUAGUGGGAACAGUUUCUGGCCAGUAUAGUGUGGACUUAGCUACCAGGUCUUGUACUUGUAGGAGAUGGGAUCUCAUUGGAAUCCCUUGUCCACAUGCAGUUUGUGCCAUCUGGAUAAAACAUGAAAAAGGACCAAUUUGGCAUUAUGUGGAUCCUUGCUACUUAAUAUCCACAUACAUGAAAACAUAUGCAGGUUGUAUCAACCCUAUGGCUGGUUAUGAAGAGUGGCCUUCCACAGACAGAGAGCCUCCAUUGCCACCACUCUAUAAUGCUAAACCUGGAAGACCUAGAAAGCUGCGGAAGAAAUCAAGAGGUGAAACAUCUAAAACUGCAAAGACAAGUAAAGGGGGUGAGAGAAGAGAAUCUGGUGUUUACUUGACAAGGAAGCAUGUUCGUUUACAUUGCACAACAUGCAAACAACCAGGUCAUAACACCAGAAAAUGUCCACAAAAUCAGGUUACAUACUUUGUUUUACUCUUGAUUACUUAA